AUGUCUCGUCUUCUCACUUUCGCUGCCGGCCUGGCGCUGGCUGCUGCCCAACUCACCUCGUCCUCGCUCGAGAACCAUGUCGAUACCCUCACCUUGGGUGCCUCUUUCAACCCCGUCAAGGAAGCUUACUGGACUGGCCUUCCUCACCAUCGCCGAACUCCCUUUGCCGUCUCUCCUGAUGGAAAGACUGCUUUCCUGGCUUACCUCGAUGCUAGCGGUACCGAUGUCCACAUCCAGGGCGUUGACCCCAAGACCUUUGCCGCUGUUGGAACUCCCGUCACUGUCAAGAACGGUAAGGAGGCUGGUGGUCUUGUUGCCCAUAACGAUGGUUUCGCUCUCCUGACCAACGAGGUUGUCUCUGGGGAGGCUAAGGAUCCUCUCCCUGUGAUCUACAAGUACACCAAUGGCAAGCAGGCUUUCCGAACUCUCCUUGGUGGCUCUAGCUUCUCAGGAAAUGCUCUUGCUUCUCCUGACAUCAACGGUGAUCUUGUCUUCUCCGAGAAGGCUGGUUACUACGCCGCCUACAUCGUUGUUACCUCCUACAGUGGCGAUGCUUCCGGUCACUUUGGUGAUGCCAUCCGAUACAUCACCUCCGAGGGUAAGGUCGAAGAGAUCCAGGGAGCUUCUUCUUCCUGGGGCUGCUCUCACAACACCGGUAUCGCCUUCGAAGCCGCCGAUGAGCCUCCCUUCGCUUCCCUCUGCUCCGAAGAUCAGGGUGCUAUCUGGCUGAACACCGAGACUCAGGGCAUGAGCAACAACGGGGUCAAGGUCUCCAACGAGCACGUCAUCAACGGAGCUAGCAACGAGCCCAUGGGUGGAAUGAGUGGCUCUUACAGCUCUCUCGCUCGCUUCAUUGGUGCUGACUCUUACAUCUUCUCCUGGGUUUCUCGUGGUGCUAUCGAUCUUACUCUGAACGACUGGAUGGGCGAGGGCUACACUCACGCUGAGAACCGCACCAACAACCGCAACGUUGCCAUUGCUCUGUUCUCUGAUAAGAAGACCCUCAUUGGCGAGCAGGCUUCCUCCAAGGUCGGUGCCAAGGAUGGUGAUAGCCAAGUUAACUGGGUGACUGAUGGUGCCAAUGACUGCUCCAACGCUCACGUUGCUACUUUUGAUGCUUCCACUGCUCUUGUUACCUGGGAGGAGAUCUCCAACCCUGUUUGUGAGUUCGAGGCCAUGGGUUGCAAGGGCAAGUUUGCUGGUACCAAGUUCCAGGCUGUCGACAGCAAGGGCAAGAAGCUUGGCUCUGCCAUCACCUCUGAGGAUACCUACGUUGCUGGUGACAUGGUCACUAUGUCUGAUGGCCGUAUCUGCUGGCCCUAUGUCAACAUGGCUUGGUCUCUCAGUGGCCCUACACAGGCUGCUGAUGUCAAGAAGAUCUCUUUCGCUUGUAUCUCCAACGGCAGUGGCUCUGGAUCCAGCUCUGGAUCUACCACCAAGGCUUCUACUGCUGUCGUUCAGCCUUCUGCUACCAAGACUCCCAAUGCUGGUGCUGCCAAGCCUUCGACUGUUGAGUCUGCUGCCGCUGCUGAGGGUUCCUCUGGAGAGUCUUCUGUCCCUGAGGGUGCGCCCCGUCCCUCUUUCGCUACAGUCCCUGGCUCUGUGACUGAUGUUCUCUCCGCGCCCACUGAGGUCGCUUCGUCUGCUGCUGCUGAGAAGCCUUCCUCAGUUGUUGUCAAGCCCUCUGCCUCCGCUGCUCCUGUGGAUGGUGACAACGAGCCUGCUACCACCGAGGCUCCUACCAAGGUCGCCCCGGUUACUACCCAAGCCCCUGCCGAGAGCGCUGCCCCUGUUGAGACUCUUCCCACCUCCGCCGAUGGCGAGGAUGACUGCAACGAGGAAGCCUCAGGUAACUCUCCUGUUAACACCCAGGCACCUACCAAGGUCAACAAGCCUUCUGGCCGACGCACUCGCACUCGAACCCGCACCCAUACUCGCCGCCCCAGCUCUCCCUUUUCCAAGAAGGAGUGUGUAGCUAAGACCGUCACUCAGACAGUCUAUGUUACUGCUACUGCCGCCCCUAAAUACUAG